AACGUUCAUUCUUAAUCUCUCUCUAAGAAAACGUAUAAUCGAGUUAAAUUCUUUGAGAAAAGAAAAUACACUCUCUGCGAAUUUAGCCACAGAGUCAAGCUUCCUGAUAUAUAUUGCCUUCUUGCAUAGCAUAAUACUAGAGUGAGAAGGGUCUUCCAUUAAAAGAAUCAGAUUUUCUCAUUUUGUGCGUUAUGGUUCUGAACAUUCUGGAUUCUCUGAAGAAUGUGAAGAUGGUAUUUGGGCAAGUGGUUAUUGGGCCGCCAGGUUCAGGCAAAACAACUUAUUGCAAUGGCAUGUCACAGUUCCUCAAACUUAUUGGGAGGAAAGUUGCUGUGAUAAAUUUGGAUCCUGCAAAUGAUGCUUUGCCAUAUGAAUGUGCUGUUAACAUCGAGGAUCUUGUGAAACUCAGUGAUGUAAUGGUUGAGAAAUCACUUGGUCCCAAUGGAGGUCUUGUUUAUUGCAUGGAUUACUUGGAGAAGAACAUAGACUGGUUGGAGUCCAGAUUGAAACCUCUUAUUGCUGAUCAUUACCUUCUUUUUGAUUUCCCUGGGCAAGUGGAACUGUUCUUUCUUCAUUCAAAUGCUAAGAAAGUCAUCAUGAAACUCAUUAAGUCUUUGGAUCUCAGGUUGACUGCAGUUCACUUGGUUGAUGCUCAUCUUUGCAGUGACUCUGGGAAAUAUGUGAGCGCAUUACUUCUCUCUUUGACAACCAUGUUGCAUUUGGAACUCCCCCAUAUCAAUGUCCUCUCAAAAAUAGAUCUCAUCGAGAGCUAUGGCAAACUAGCCUACAACCUGGAGUUUUAUACAGAUGUGCAGGACUUGUCUUAUUUGCAAUACCACCUUGAUCAAGAUCCACGCUCUGCCAAGUACAGGAAACUCACCAAAGAGCUAUGCGAGGUUAUUGAAGAUUAUGGUCUGGUCAAUUUCACCACACUGGAUAUUCAGGACAAAGAGAGUGUUGGAAAUCUCGUAAAGUUGAUAGACAAGAGCAAUGGGUAUAUUUUUGCCGGCAUUGAAGGGAGUGCCGUUGAGUUCAGCAAAAUCGCAGCUGGCCCUUUGGAUUGGGAUUACUACAGAACAGCAGCUGUGCAAGAGAAGUUCAUCGAGGAUGAUGACAAUUUUGAGAACUUACCAGGGAAGAGUUGAUAGAAUUCAUCGGGACUGCAUUAGCAGAGUUAGUCUACUCCCUUUCCUGUAUAACUAUUUUGAUUAGUUCCCCUUCUUGGUGGCAUCUUGGCAUGACAAACUUUUGGAGUUCUUUGAAGCCUAGGAAAUGCUAUUCGUGUUCUUCAUGAUAGAAGCUGCUCCUAUAAAGUUUGCUGUCGAGGAUCUUUUAUGAUCUAUAUUGAGGUUUCAUGUAAACCAAAUUAUGUUUCAGGAAGAAUGAGAGUGCAUUCAGCACAUAUCAAGAUAUAUAACUGAACAAUAUGUGAUUUUGUUAGAAAGAAAUCAAUAUAUAGGCUUUGUUAGCAUUUGAUGGAA